CACGAGUUCCGGCCGGAGAACGUUGUCAACGAUUUUGACAACCCUCAAAUGCAGCCAAACGACGAGAAAACAGAAGAACGUGUACGGUCCGGCACAAGGAAAAGUGUGAAGAGUAACGCAGAUGGAGAUGGGCCUGGAAACUACAGUAAAAAUGAAAUCCGUAAACGAAGUCGCACCUUCAUUCACCGGCAGUUUCGCAUCAUUGUCCGCAACCUCUCCUACAAAAUCACCGAGAAAAAACUUCGAUGCGAGUUCGAGCGAUUUGGAGCCCUGGAAGAGGUCAAUAUUCUCAAACGCCCAGAUGGCCGGCUCGUAGGCUGUGCGUUUCUGCAGUUCUCCAAAAAGGAUGAAUCCGACCAGGCAAUCCGCGAGAUGGACAGUGAAGUUUUCAUGGGCAGGAAAAUAGAGGUUAAAUAUGCGAUGGAUAAAUCUACCUUCCAGCGAGUGAAACAAGAAAAUGCGCCCAAAAAGGAAACACUGGAAGAGGAGCCAGGGGACAUCAGUGCCGCCAAUAAAGAGGAUCUUGAAAUCAAGAAUGAAACUACCGAUGCUUCAGACGAAGACGAGGACACGGAAGUGGAAAACGACUCAGACGAUGGAACCGAUGGAGACAGUGGAGACGAUGAAGAGGGUGAAGGAGAAGAAGAAAACGAAGAGGAUGAAGAGGAGGAGGAGGAGCCGGACACAGAGGAGAAUGAUAAGCACGCACUGGACAUGAAACCCGUUACCGGAAGUAGUAAGGUUGCAAUCAAGCAGGAGAAAAAGCACAACGAGAUUGAGGAAGGGCGUACCGUAUUUGUCAAGAACUUACCAUUUGAUGUAGAAGUGGAAGAGCUCAAAGAAUUAAUGUCCCAAUUCGGUAUUGUAGAGCAAGUGCUCAUCAACCGAGAACCAAUAUCUGGGCACUCGAAAGGCUCGGCAUUCGUUAUUUUCAGACUGAAGGACUCGGCACAGAUGAGUUGCCGUCAAAGUUUGAAGCUGCAGGUACAUGAUCAAUUUAUUGAAAUUCUAGAAGCACUGCGCAAGAAGGACAUCAAGGAUCGCGAAAAGGCACGCUUGGAACGCCAAGCCAAGGAUUCUCGAAAUUUGUAUCUCCUGAAGGAAGGCCUUAUCAUGGCAGGUUCGCCAUCUGCUAAGGAUGUUUCCAAGGCCGAUAUGGCGCAGCGAUUGCGACUCGAACAACGCAACAACGAGAUGCUGAAAAACUACAAUCGUUUUGUAUCACGGGAGCGACUUACGAUACACAACUUGCCGGAAAACUUUGCAAGCAACGAUUUGAGACAGAUGGUUCUCAAAUUUACUUCACACAAACCAAACGAGUGCCGCGUCAUGCGUGACACUCGUCCAUCUGUUGGUAAUCCUUCGGGUAAAUCGCGUGGGUAUGGAUUUAUAUCCUUCAAGCGUCAUGAAGAGGCGCUCGAAGUUUUGCGCAAACUAAAUAACAACCCCAGUGUGUUUGGCCGAAAUCAUAGACCGAUCGUGUCGUUCAGCAUCGAAGAUAGGAAGGUACACAAAAUCAAACAACAGCGAUUGGAAAAGUCCCGUCUUAACAAUCCCACGUAUUUGAAAAAGAUGGAAGAACUGCGUAAGAAAAAGCAACAGAAACUGCUCGCUAAGAAAGAGAACAAACGGGCGGCGAUGGAAAAGCUGGCCGUAGCCCCCAGUGCCGUGCUUCAGAAACUCACUAAUGCAAAAGCUAAAGGUGGCAUGGCAGUCUCUGAAGCUGUUGGUCCCCGGAAAAAGGAACGAAAACGAGACGUUGAGCAAUUGGUCACAUCUUUCACUGGUGAACUGUCCAAAAAAGGCAAAUUGGGCAUACGAUCCAAUCGUAAGAUCCACCACCAAGCCGACGCUCACAUGCAGCGCAUAAAGGAGGAGCGGAAGGAACAGAAAAAGAAACGGACGAAGCAAGAGCACGAUCGAAAUCGGAAGCUGAAGGUAUCACGUAAGGUCAAACCGAAAGUAAAUGUCGCGGAGCUCAAAAAAGAGGAUAACUAUUUCAAGGAGACAGUUAGCAAGUACAAGGAUUUGAUCAGUAACGCCACCAAUCGGGCCGCAAGGGGAAAAUGGUACAACGAAUAACCGACGGUGUUUUUCUGGAUUUUAGAAAAAUGUAAAUGAAGCAAAUAAAUAAAGAAAACCAUGAAGGUUUUGAAACAUAAUUG